AUGUCGAUUUCGGAUGAUGCUCCAAAUAUGGUCGUUUCUGGUGAGACCACGCUCUCCGAAUCGAUGAGGAUGAUAUCGCCCUUGUCGUCAGCAGGUGGCCAAAGAAAGAAGAAGCCAAGGACUCCGAAAUCGACUGCUUCGACCCCCGCUCUGUUCAAUUCGAAUGUGCCGUCAGAGAAACCAGCGGACAAAGAUGGUUUGCUCAACAUUGCCGGUAUCUUCCAGUCAAUUUUCCCAGACUUGUCAGAGAACAGCCUUGGAGAAAAACGAAGAAUUCUCCUGAAACAAGCUGAGACUUAUGACCAACUGAAGAAAGUCGACAAGAAGAAGCCGAAAAAGGGAGCAAAGGAGAGUGCGAUGGUUCAAAACAUCAUUCAAAACGACGUGGAUACGGAUGAAGAGUGGCGACGGGAGAUGCUUGAGUACUUACGCAACGCGACAAACGAGUACGAAGAGCAUGAAAAAAACCUCACCCGAGCUGAACAGUAUAUCACUGAAGCUCGUGGUCGAGCAGCCGCUUCCGAAAAGCGUAGCCGUCCAAAUAAAUUGACGCCAAUUCAAGAUUCUGUUUUGCCCAAUUUCUUUGAUGAAAAAGCAUUCGCAGGCGCGCAUUUGCCAAGCUCAAUUUUACUCCCAUCGCAAUUUUAUCCACCAGAGCCAGAGCAGGAUGAAACCACGAUUCCGAAAAAGACCCCCAAGUAUCUCGAAGGAACGCAGAACACGAAAGCGAAUGCAAAAUCAAGAAGAAAUGUCCCUAAGGUCGUCUAUUCUUUUGAAUAUGAGUCGCAGCUUUCUUCUGAUUACAAGCCUUCCCCGACUAAGAAAGCUCAACGACCAAAAGCUGAAGUCAAGGAUCGUCCGGUCAAGCCAAUGACGGAACCAUCUGUUACAUGCCGUGGCCUAUCCCGCAACGACGAAGAAGAACACCGACGACUAGCUAAUCAAGUCAAAAAGAUGCAGCAAGAGCAGUUCGAUUUCCUCAAGAAUCCACGAAGCGAGGCUCCGGUCAGAGAAGAUGUCUUCGUCGCUGACCCUCCAGAGAUCUACUUUAGACAGUGGGAGGUCGGCAUGGUAUUGGAAACAAUUGUCGAAGUCAGAAAUCAAGAUAAAGUCACGCGAACCUGCACUGUGCUGCCUCCGGAGCAUCCUGCGUUUCAUCUUGGACUUGGAAGAUAUCCUUCUAAGGAUGGGCGUAUUGGACCUGGAUUGUCAGUUUCUUACAGAGUCCAGUUUAUGCCCGAGACCCUUUCCGAUGAAGAGACCCACCUUGAAGUUCGUCACCAAGCAGGAUCCUUCAAGAUCCCGAUCAAAGCGAUUCGCGACAAGCCAGUUCUUGAAUUCCCAGAACCAAUCGACACCGGAUACUGUCUGGUCAACGGAUCGCUUGAGCAAUCGAUAAUGGUCAAGAACAAGGGUGGGGUUGGCCGAUUCUGCCUUGUAAAAAAGUCCGACUGGCCAAGUGCAAACUAUAGACAGUCGUUACAGGCAAAUUACCAUACGAUCGGCCCGUUUACUAUCACCCCCGUCAUGUGGCUGGAUGAGUUGGCAACAGGACAGUCAAAGGAGCUAAGAGUACUGUUUGCGCCGAAGGCACCUGGUGCAUUUGAAGAGAGCCUGCUUCUUACGUGCGAUAACUGUCAGACAAAAGAAAUAACGAUCAAGGGAGUUGCCGAAGAAGUGAAUGUGAAAGUGUCAGUCGAGAGUACUGAGCGUAAAAUCGGCGACCUAUUCGAUCCCUUUUCAACGGAUAGAAUCAAAUUCCAGGAUAUCAAUCCACGAUCUUCCAGCACCGUCACUUUCGAAAUCGCUAAUGAUUGUCAUUUGCCGUUAUCGUUUGGCUUGGCACUUAAACAACCAGAUCUCGUUGCGUAUACAGAUGAAGAGACGACGCAAAGGACGCAUAGAAUAGAAGAUAAUACAUCCCCAUUCUUUGCGAAUAUCCCGACUGGAACCAUUGCUCCUCAUGAACGCCUUCAAAUUGAACUUACAUUCGCGCCGGAAGAAGUUGGAUCAUUCCACAGCGUUUUCGAAGUGGUGGUCUUGGAUAUUCCUGGUUACAAUCGAUAUCUAGCCGCAGAAGUUGAAGUUGUUGGAAAAUGCAUUCCUAUUGUUGGAAGUAUUCUACCACCGAUGAUGGAUAUUGCUGGGGAAAUCCCUGCCGGAUUGAGACUAAAAAGACAGUUUCAAAUGAUCAACAUGUCAUUGGGUGACUUGAGCUUCCAGUGGGAAGUCAAAAGUGGACCUUGUUCUAUUGAGCCUUCUUUUGGUACGAUUCCUGGACGACAGAUGGCUCCUCUUCAACUCUGCGUCGAAGCCGAAACGCCCGGUCCGAUGGCUGAAAAGCUCGUCUGCUACAUAGAUAAUGGCGAUCCGAUAGAACUCGACGUCCGCGCCGUCAUCAAGCCACCGCUGAUAAAAAUCGACCAGCCGAAUCUGCAAUUUGGAAUCGUCGAAGUCGGCAAGAAAAUGAUUACUACAUUUACGAUUGACAACAGGAACCCAGUACCCGCACCAUGGAGUAUUACCAUCAACCAUCCAGAUGUGCGAACGAGUGUAACAUCUGGAACGCUUGGACCCCUGGAAGAGAUUGAAAUUCAAGCCAUUUGGGCGCCUAGCUCAGAGUAUUCUCUCGAAGGAUCGGGACUGAAGAUUUCCUCAGCUAAUAAUAUCUCCUUGGACUUUUACGGCGACUCGCUGAAACCAGUUGUGAAUUUUACAGUGCGAAAAUUGGACAUCGGUGAAAUCUACGUUGGCGUCGCGGAAAAGUUUUCAGUCGAAUUGGAGAACGUAUCCCUUGUUCCUGCUCAUUUCCAGCUCAUCCCAGCUAACUUCCUUCCAUGCGUUCCAGAAGGAGUUGAAUUCUACUUCUCCUCUUCAUCCGGUGUACUGGAGUCAAAAGAAAAAAUACAAAUAGAAGUGGAAAUCAUCGGUAGAAAAGCAAUCAUCUUUAAAGACUUCAUCCUUGCGUGCGAAAUAUUCAACAGUAAUAAUCCAACAUUUAUCGAAAUCGCCGGUCAGGUUCAGCCACUUGCCGUUCAAACUUGGACAAGCUACUCCAGUGAUCAAUUGAAGCUAAAAUUCCCAAUCGGAAAGUUGUCAGCCCAAAAGAUCUUCAUCAAAAAUCUGACCGCAAUCAGAAGUUCAAUCGAAGUCAAACCGAAACUAUUGAAGGGCAAGAAUCCAAAGAUUAGACUUCACACAAACGAGUUUGACUAUAUUCCCGCGGCGGAGAAAGAGAAAUAUCAACUCCUUAGAAUUGGAUCGGCAUCCUUGGCGACAGAAACGUCCCUGACUUAUCGUGAAUUCGGAAAAGAGAUGCACAGUGGGUCGAAGUUCGGCGCUUCAAUUAUCUCAUAUCCUGAGAGCUGCGAAUUGGGACCAUUUGAGACGAAGGAAGUAGACAUCAUCGCCAGUGGAAACUCGUGGGGAACAUACAAGGACAGCAUUCUCAUAAAUAUCGGCGAACUCGAUCCGGUUGAAAUCGCGAUAACAGCAACGAUAGAUGAUGUUCCAAUAACUGUUCCUUCUCCAAUCGUACGCCUCGGAAAGAUGCCGCUUGGAGCAAAAGAUCCAGUCAAGAGAACCACGCCGAUCACAAACAAGGCGAAUCACCCUGUCUCUGUUCGAUUUUAUGUUCUUUCUGAAUUCGACUACUCCGAGUUCAAGAGCAGCGGCAUUAUUCCAGGAGAGUUGGAUGAGGAUCAAGAAGUUCAGUUUGAAAACGAUCCGUCUCCGUGGCCGGUGAAAAGACAAGCUGUCAAUUUUACCGUCCCAGAUAUGCUUAAUUUCAAGCCAAAACAAAGUCUCACUCUUCCCAUUGAAUUUGAACAACACGAAAACCAACAGCCUGGAGAAAUCUCUGCCUAUGUCAUCGGCAUCUUGAGUCUGCCCCUGAAAGCCCGUGGUGAUGGUGAAAACUUCUACAGAAAGACUGGCACUUUUGGACCAGCUUUUGAGCUCAAUCUUAGAGCAUCUCUUGACUGGGCGAGCUUCCAAAUCGAACAAAUUGCUGCUCCAGAUUUUAUUGAAAACUCUGCUGAUAUCAUUAGCGGAAAUUACGAAAGAGAAAAGCAAUUUUCCGUUUUCAACACAUCUGGAAUGGCUGCAAGUCUUCACCUAACAAUCGAGAAGCCAUUUUUGCUCAAUGGAGAUCUAUCUGAAAAGACAAUUAGUCUCAAGCCAAAUACCCGCGAAGUUCUGACAGUAAAUCUGGCAAUCCCGGACGAAGUUAUUUACCAGCAAAAGCCAAACGAAUACUUUUCCUUCGAUGAGGAGAGUCAUACGAUGUCUGCGACUGGAGAGCUUCGAACUGUUGGUUUGUCGAAGAAUGAAACGAUUCUGUGCAGAGCGAGAAUUUCGUAUCCGAUCGUAAAGGUCAACAAGACAGAGUUUGACUUUGGAACUUGCUUUUUGGGAGAUGUUUUCAAGCUCGACAUCUGCAUGGAUAAUUUAUCAAGCUGCGCAACUCCUUUCCAAUUCAUCCCACUGGAAAAGAGCAACUUCUCCGUGUCACCUAUUUCUGGUACUCUUGAAGGAGGAAAAGUGCUCACCGCCGAGAUCAGCUUCCAAGCAGACUGCGAGAUUGGCUACGCUGGUUCUUUCGAGCUUCAUUUUUCGAACAAAGUCGUGAAAUUCUCCUGCCGCGGCGCUGGUACCCUCGAUUCUGCAUAUUGUAACCAGUUCAAUUAA